CGUCGAGGGAUGGGAAACAGGGGCAGAGCUGGGAGGCCCUGUUGGAGGAGAUUACAGAGACAGAGAUGAGAAAGAGAAAAGGCAUGGGAGGGCCUCCCACUUCACGGCUGCUUUGCUUUGCUCGCUCAGUCCAUAAGUCGAUGUUGCUUGGUCGGUUGAUGGGUUCGAGCCACUGGCAGCGGCCGCGGCAGUAGCAGCAGCACCACCACCAAGUGGGGGCGGAGCAAAAGGUACGGCCUCUCCCUACCGCCUCAGGGAGGGAGGGGCUGGUCCAGCCUGAGGUGGAAGCGGUUGGACCAUCAAUUCGGCUCAUGUGCGCCGUGCCACAGCCGGUCCAGGCGUUGGGCCGGCGAGGAAUUGGACAGCGCCAACGCACUACGCAGGCGGUGGUAUAUAUAAUGCCGAGGGUUUAGGGUUUAGGGACGCUCUUAAUUACUUGGUGCAUGAUGAAGAGGCAUCUGGUGGUGCUGAGGAGGUACGAGCCGGUGGGGAGAGUCCACGGAGGGGGGAGGAAGCAGGGGGAGGUGAGGUACGCGGAGUGCAGGAAGAACCACGCCGCCGCCACCGGCGGGUACGCCGUCGACGGAUGCGCAGAGUUCAUCGCCGCCGUCGGGGAUGGAGGGGAAGGAGCGCUGCAGUGCGCAGUCUGCGGCUGCCACCGGAGCUUCCACCGGAGGGUGGUGGUCGACGUCCAGCCCCCGGCGGCGGAGGACGGCGACUGCGCGAGCUCACGCGCUCUGCAGUAGCCGUUAAUUAAUUUACUGCUAUUAUUUAUUAUUCUCAUUAUUGUUUGGAAGGUUUGUGUAUGUGAUGGUGA